UGACUCCUAGGCAACAACCUUGCCUACUUGGGUUUGUUUAUCCAGUUAACAACCUUGUCCAAAUUUUCAACCUACACCGCACAGAAAAUCCUAAAAUCCAACCGUGUCGUGAAACCCGGAAGUGUGACCCCCCACAGGAUGGCCCAACCGUACGUGAUCCGGGUGAUGGAGGAGAUGGGAUGGGGCGCGGACGGUGGCUUCAUCCCGAUCGCCAACGAAGCCAACCGGAAGCUGCUCGAGUACGUGAACAAGCUGGCGGAACGGAAGGGCAGCGUGGCGGGCCGGGUACAGGCCAGCGAUACGCGGUUCGGGAACCUGCAGGUGCACCUGAAGAGUGCCCAGCUGGAGUUCGACCAGAACCUGAAGCUGCUGGCGGAGGACAAGAGCCAGAUCGAUGCCGAGCACGGGCGGCUGAAGCUGACCGAGAAUGAGGGAGGGAGGAUGCGGAAGAUGGGGCGGGAGGUGCAGUACGAGCGCGGGGACCUGGAGCAGCACGACCAGCGGGCGCAGAAGGACAUGAAAAAGCUAGCCUCGAACAUGGAGCGCUUCACGGAACGCAUCAAGUGGGCCAAAGCGGCCCUGGUCGAGUGGAAACAGGUCAUGGGAAACGGCGAGGAGACGAACAAGCUGAUCGAAAAGUACUGCAAGCUGGACGCCGGCAAGGCCGAAUCGCUGGAGGCAAAGCGCAAGAUACUCGAGGACAAGGUGUCGAAGCGUCGCACCACGCUGGUGGCGCUGGCCGAAGAGUACCGUUCGCUGGAGCAGGUGCUGGAGCGCACGUCGCAGCUGUACAGACAGGCGCACACGGAGCGGAGGCAUCUGGUGCUGACGUGGAAGGAAGCGGUCAAGCACAUGAACCAGAGGGAGGAGGACAUCAAGGAGGUUGAGGGUGAAAUUGAGCGUGCGAGGGAGUUUAGCGAUUUGCUGAGCGAGGAUUUGAAGGCGCAGGAUGAGUUUCUGGAGGAGCAGCAGAGGAACAAUAGGGAGAUUGAGUUGGGGAUUGCUGAGUUGAAUGUGGAGGUUUCUAAGUUGCGGAAUCGUUUGAAUGCGUUGACGGAUAACGUGCAGCUGAAGACCAAUGAGUAUCAGAUAACGCGGAAGGCGGUUCAGAAUGUGUCGAAUAAGCUGACGAGCAUGCGUAACAAGAACCGCCAGGCGUUGAUGGAGGAGGCGGAGAAGGAACGGCAGAUUCAUACGAAUCUGAGUCAGCUGGAGGAGUUGAGGGAAAAGUUUGAAAAUUUUAGGAGCAAGACGUUGUGCGCGCAGGAGCGUUUGCGGCAGCUGAACGAGAUUGUUGAGCAGGAAGAGCGUCAGAUGAAGGUGCUGAGCGAUGAGACGGCUCGGCUGUCGACGGCGCUGUACCGUGCUCAGUCGCAGCUUGUGGCGAUGAAGGACGAGGAGAAGCUGCUGCGAAUUGAGGUUCUUUCGACGGAGUCUGGCAUCGGGAAGAUUAAGGCGGCGAUGAAGAUUCAGGAGCGGGAGAUUAUCCGCCAGACGGAGAUUUCGUACAACGUGGAUUACAACAUUGAGAAGCUGGAGGAACGGAUUGCAAACAUGAGAGGGGAGAACAAGCAGGAAGGAGCGAAUCGUGCGCACGCGAAGCUGGUUCAAGCGGAAGCGAUCUAUCUGGCGAGGAAGCAGAACUACUCGCUGCUACAGGCGCAGAUUGCCAAGGUUCAGAUUGAUUUCCGCAAUUUGAACUCGAUUUAUCAGCAAGAUUACGCGGAGAUUGAGCGGAUGGUUGGUAAGCUGAAGGAGAAGACACUGAUUGUGGAGGGUGGCGAGAAGAAGCUGCGACAGUGCACUACUGAGAAUCAGGAACGGUUGGUCGAGAGGAGCUUGCUGAAGAUGCGGAUCAAGCAGAUGGAGUCGCGUGUGGAUAAGCAGAACGACAAGAUGUACACGUUGGAGCGGCACCGGAUGGAGCUGGAGACGGCCAUUACGGAACGGUUGAUUGAUAUCAACUCGCAGAAGGACAUGCUACUGUUGAAGAAGAAAUACCUGCAAGACGAGCGAGCGACGCUGAAGGCGGACAUAAGCGAGAGGGCGCUGAAGAUUGAGCAGCUGAAGAACCGCUACGAUCUGUCGCUGGACCUGUUGGGCAAGAACGACGACGGGACGAUUGUGACGGCAACGCAGAUCAAAAUUCAGAACGCUCAGGAGAAGUACAUAUUGCUUCGGGAGGGCAGCGAACUGAACGUAAAGAUCCUCAAAGCGGAGGAAGAUUUGAAGGCGCUGGAGAACACGUUGAAGGUGAUGAACUUUUCCAACGAGAGCUACAAGCGCGGGUUCCAGAAGGUAGACGAAGACAAUCCGGACAUUCAGCAGUUGAAUCAAAUCCAGAACGAUUACUGUAAGGCGGUGACCGCUCUGAAGAGUGUUCGUACGGAUUUGGCUUUCAACACUGAAAACCUGCACAACCUGAACGAAGAGCGGGAGGAAAGUGACAAAGGAUUGGAAGCAGCGCAAAAGACUCGCCUCGAUAGCAACGACAUUCUGCUCAAGAUCCAGAAGGAACUGCUCGACCAAAAGACGAAAAUCCAACGCGCCGAGCGAGAACUUCGCCUAGCGAUCAAAGCCGCCAAAGCCAAAACCAACGACGAAGAACUGCUGCUCACGUUCCAGAAGGAUCUGAACCUGAAAGAACUCGAGGAGCGCAACAGCAUGGCGAUGCAUCAGAUCGCCGAUCUGGUCGACUUUGCCCCGGACCUAAACCCGACGGUUAGCAAGUACUUUUACGACAAGGGACUCCGGCUGCCGGUGAUUCGUCGCACCAAGAGCCAGAUCUCGUGGCGCAGCGAAAACUCACCCGGCUCGGACCUGAGCGGACGCGGCGACACGGCGUCGUCCAAACCGAUGUCCAAAAUGUCGGCCUGCUCGACGUCGACGCGCUCGUCCGAUUCCGACAUUGCCAAAUCGUUUGACAACCGGAUGAGUGCGGGUCUGUCGGUGAUUCUGAUUGACUUUCCCGGGGCCAGCAGCAAGAAAACGCAGGGCACGAUGAAAAAGUAGAAGAAGGCGGGCGGUUCUUUCAAAUUCUGAGCGUGCGAAAGAGGGCGCAGCACACGUACUCGAUUGACGAUCAUCAUCAAAUUUUAUUUUUCCUGGCGUGUUUAUAUAUAUAAUAUUGGUUGGUUUUGUCUGUUUUUUUCAUCAUCCAAUUUCAGUAAUAGUAAAAACUUGCGUGUGUUUGUGUGUAAUAUCAUCAAUUUUUAUAGUCGUUUGAUAAAUCUUACAGCGCGAGACACAGGAAGGAACAGAAAGAAACAAAAAAAUAUAUUGAACAUUUACAGAUUCUUGCUCGGAGUGAACUUUGCGUUUCGAUUGUUUCAUGUUUAGUUUUGCGAUUUGUCCAAUCAAUGUAACAAUGUGUUUUCCCAUGUGCACUAGAUGCCACUACGAUAGCUUACGCGUCUUUUAUCUUCAGAAAAAUAAAUCACUGCAGCAGUUUUGUGUGUGUGUGUUUAUCACUAACUUUGAGUUUGGGGAUAUCGGAGAACAAGAUAAUUUCACAACAGUCCUUCUAAUACAAUGACUUUCUGUUUUGCGAUAUUUAUUUUUUCCCCCGUUGUGGUUCACCCAGUUUUGUAUGAAAAGUGAGUGUCAUACAAAUAAAUGUUGUUUCUUUUCCAGAUAGAUGCGCGGACACAGUUUGAAAAGGGGGUAGAAAACUCAAGAGAAUAUCAAAAGAUUACGAUGAUAGAGAAAGCGCCCUACAACUCUAUUUGGCUGUUAUUUUAGUACUUUUUGUUGAUUUAUUGUUUGUUUUUUCUUCUUUUCGUUUACACAGAGAAAAUGUUAAGGUAACAACCAGUGUGUCGAUUAACAUUUUUAUUUUUUAUUUUUUCUAGCGCGAGUGAUUUUUCUUCGAUUUCUGUUUAGCAGUUUGAGAGCAAAUGACUUUCGGUUCAUUUCGUUUGUUGUCUAGGAUGUUCUCUUUCGGGUUAAAAGUGGUGGAAGCCACAUUCAGCUAAUUUUGUUGUUUUUGAUAGGUGAGAAACGAAAUAAUUUCCAUAGUUUUUUUUUUUUUCUAAGCGAAUAAGGAUUUUUAAGAUCGAGAUACCACUCUAAACGCUCAGAAAUGUUCCAGUACAGCAAUAAAAAAAUCCAUAUUAAUAAUUAGUUUUUGAGAAUCGUAUGCUCUAAUUGUUCAAAAAAUAUAUUCUCUCGUUUGAUGUAUAUGAAAAACUAAAUCUGAAUAGAUAAAUAAAAUUAAAAAAAAAACGUUUGAAUUAGCGAACAUUCCAAGUAGCGAUAAUCGAAUCAACGAAACCGCUCUGUAUUCGAAAAUCUGUAUCUUUUGAAGGAUUUUUUUUAUCGAUUUGAUUUGAUGUCUACGGUAAACUUGUAGAAAUUGAUAAGGACAAUU